AUGGAGCAACCUGAUUCGAAGUUGAAAGAUCGCCUACCCCAUGGAGGACGAGAUAUUGCCUCUUCGUUACAUGAUCCUCCACCGCGGAAUGUCCGGCGUUCAAACAGUCCCAUUUUCCUUUCGCUCAACGUACGGAACACGUUCGCACUUGUCGUGAUUCCCAUAGCGGCACUUAUCAGUGUUCCUUGGGUUCCUACUCACAAGAGAACCCUUUGGUUUGGGCUUGCCUAUGCUUACUUGAGAUCUUUUUCCAUUGUUACUGGUUAUCAUCGACUGUGGGCGCACAGAACAUACAAGGCUAGCACAGCACUGAGACUACUUUUUGCCCUAUUUGGUGCUGGCGCCGGGCAAGACCACAUACAAAAGUGGGCCCGCGAUCACCGCGCCCAUCAUCGUUACGUUGACACUGUGCAAGAUCCUUAUAACAUCAAAAAUGGGUUCUUUUAUGCUCAUAUGGGCUGGAUAAUAUUCGAAAAUAAUAAAACCUCGAAGACUGGCCGUGUGGAUAUCAGCGAUCUGAAAUCCGAUCGCAUAGUACAAUGGCAGAGACGGAACUUUGUGCUCCUAUUCGCUAUUAUGGGGUACGCUGUUCCUGCUAUUCUUUGUGGACUUUCACACGGAGACUUCAUCGGAGGCUUUGUUUAUGCAGGCUGUAUAUUCACUGCUCUACAACAGCAACUUACAUUCUGCGUUAAUUCUGUGGCUCAUUGGAUUGGUGAUCAACCUUAUACUUCGACUAAGUCAGCGCGACAAAUCCCCUGGGCGGCUGCUGUUCUCCUGAAUGGGGAAGGCUAUCAUAACUUCCACCAUGAGUUCCCAACGGACUUCCGGACAGGAAUUCAAUGGUACGAUAUCGAUCCAGGGAAGUGGUUGAUUUCAUUGUAUGCUAUUCUCGGGCUUGCUAGCAACCUGAAGCGCUUCCCGCAGAACGAGAUUCAGAAGACAAUGUUACAGAGGAAGUGGGAGAAAUUGGAAAAAGAGGGAGAAGCUGUGGACUGGGGUAUCCCACUUGACAAGCUACCGGUUUGGAGUUUGCUCAAGUAUGCAAGCGAGACUAGAACGGGCCAGAAUUUGAUUUUGAUCAGAGGAGCUGUCCAUGAUAUUUCUACAUUUGUGGCUGAGCACCCCGGGGGAUCGACAAUCAUCUCAGGGGCAAUAGGGAAGGAUGCAACAGAAAUGUUUGAGGGAGGGGUGUAUGGUCAUUCUAAUGCUGCUUCCAACCUGCUAGAUAGGAUGAGGAUAGCUGUGAUAGGUGAUUGA